CCUUGCAAUGAUAUUUGCUUUCGUCCAGUUUUUCGAUUGGCUGGUGGCUGUUAUUCGUCUUCGAGUAGCAGAAUCACUCAACAUCACUCGAAAUUCAUUUGUGCUUAUUGAUGGACUAUCGAUACUUAUGACACUGAUAUUCACUAUUCCCUGGACGUCAACCAAUUUGGUAGUCUGGCAAGCAGGUGCGAUAGCAUUCUUUUUUGCUUGGUUCAGUUUGUUUCUCACAAUCCAGCUGUUCGAUUUGUUUGGAGUGUACAUCACCAUGUUUAUGGCUAUCACAAGAAAUGUACUGCAAGUGCUUGUUAUUUGCUUAUUCUUUAUUAUUGCAUUUGGUUUGUCACUGCAUAUACUUGCUGGGAACACUCAAGAGCACUCCAACUUUGGAUACAGCCUGUUCAAAGUCUUUGGUUUAAUGUUCGGAGACUUCAGCUACAUUUUUUUUGUUAGGUCCCAGAAUGAUGAAGAACUCUAUUACACCGAACUUACAUUCAUAUUUGUGAUCACUAUGACUAUUAUCAUGGCCAUUGUUUUCCAAAAUCUUCUGAUUGGUUUGUCCUUGGGCCAUAUUGAAGAGAUAAGACUGAAUGCAAUUGCUGAGAAACGAGCCAUUGAGAUAGGAUUUUACAAACAGAUUGAUAGCAAUUUCCUUCGAAAACGUGCAUUUUGGAAACUAAACAAUGAGUCCAGAAAACACACAAUCCAUCCUAACAAAAAUGUACUGUGGAUACGGCAAAUAUGGAGGCACUUUUGGAGGACUUUAAAAGGCCUCGAUCAUAUUGAUAUGGAAGCCUCCCUCCCGACUGACAACUCUCACAGUGUUGAGCAAGAACUGGUCGGUAUCAACGCACAGAUUGACGAGCUUGUGGUUACUCAAGAGCGAAUGGCGGAAACACAAGAAAAGUUACUCAAUAUGGUGAACCAAAUCUUAUCAGCUCAGCAUCCUCCGAAAUUGGACUGAUCGUGAUAGUAAUAAAAUUAUAAUUAUAAUUGUAUACCUAAUUGUAUUUGAACAUUGACAAUGAACAGCACUAUUUUAUUGUAUUAGUUUUAUAAUACUAUGUUUUAAAUACUAUGUUUAUAUUUAUAAUAACUAUGUUGUUGUUGUUUUGGA